UUCACCGUUUCUUUCUCCAUAAGGCAAUAUUAGAGGUCUAAGGACGGGCUUUGACGUCACGACUCUGAAUGAGGUAACAGAGAUGAGUAAAAUAGACUCUGUUUCUGUCACAUACGAGAAGAAUAGUCUUGCUCAUAAAAUAUAGAGACGAUAUUUAAAUCACAUUAUAGGGGCGACAGGAAUGCAAAUUUCUUUUAAAAAAACUGCAUCGAUCCAAGCCCCAAAACCACACCUACGAUCCUGCGCUGCGGACACCCGAGGACCCGCCUAUAUAAAGCGCCCCACUGCCGCCGAGCCCGCGGAACGCGUUCACCUUUCGUCUCUAUAGAAAUAUCAACAGGGAGUUGAGGUCCAAGCACAGAAGAUGAAAGGUUGUCUGCUUCUGGCGAUUCUUUUCCUCAAGGUUUCCAUCCAGUCGUGUCAGUCUAGUUACGAAGACCAAGAACCGCAAAUAUCGUCUGUGGAGGACAGGCUGAGACUUAACAGUCACUCCCAGGACUAUUUGAAGAGAUACAAUGAUAUUGAUUAUGACGCCUUCGUGGGUCUUAUGGGCAGAAGGAGUAGCGGAAAUAUGGAUGAUGCAUUUAUGGGGCCCAUGGGUCGCAGGAGCUCCGAACCCAGUGAUCGGCAUUCCCGGAGGAAGGAGCAGUAUCCAAAACAGCACUUCUUCAACAGGAGAAAACUAAGGUGUAUAGUUACGACAACCAGGAGACCCAGUGACUCAUGACGAGGCCAAACACCUUCAGCCUGUGCUAUUUCAGAUCAAGUGCUCUUUAUGCAUAGAGAAAUGUUCAAGUUAACAAUUCCUUUGAGCAUUAAAGAAAUUAAAGUUUUUUUUUUUUUUU